AUGUGUAUGGUGGAGGCGUUCCAGAAUAAACUGGACGAAUCUACCCCUAUCUUACCCGGUCCUAAAGUUGAAUGGCUGAAAGAAGUCCCACUCAAAGUACGGUGUUUUGUCUGGAGGCCCAAAUGGGGUAGAAUCCCAUCAGCGCAGGCUUUGGAAGUUAGAGGGGUUCAAACAUCAUCACCAAAUUAUGGAUAUUGUCUGAAUUGUGUCGAAACAGCAGACCAUAUUUUCACUCAGUGUGAGUUAGCAGUUAUAGAGCGCAACUGGAUCAUGAAUUGGUGUGGUACUAAUCCGGGAUGUAUUGAUAGCACGGAGAAACGCUUACAUUUUGCAGCCAACUGGAUGGUAACUUGCAUGGUGGUGGCUGCACCCUAUGCAGAGGCUGCUAUUACCUGUGGUCAGGUGGUAAGUAGCUUAUCUCCAUGCGUUCCCUACCUAAAAAAUGGUGGUGCUGUGCCACCGGAAUGUUGCAGUGGGGUUAAAUCACUCAAUAGCGCUGCAAAAACAACUCCUGAUCGUCAGACUGCUUGUGGCUGUUUAAAGAGUGCUUCUGGUGGCGUCAAUCCAGGCAACGCUGCUAGCCUCCCCGGCAAGUGUGGUGUCAGCAUCCCUUACAAGAUCAGUCCUAGCACUGAUUGUUCCAAGGUGCAGUGAGUCCGUGAUGUUUAUGGAUGUUUGGAAGAUUAGAAGCAUAUAUAUCUAAAUUACAAUAAUUAUGGAGAACACUAUUAAUUGUGUUUGAGAAAGACAUGUAUGACUGUAUAAGUCUCUAUGAUUUGUAGUGCAUUUUCAAGUAAAAUAGUGUUCCUGUUAUCUUUGUAAUGUCAUCAACUUUUUUAUAUACUUCCCU